UCUGCCACUCACUGAAAGGAGUAGACACAGAGAGAGGUAUGCCUGCGGCGGGAAAGCAAGACCUCGCGCUCGCACGGCAGUACUAGCUACUCUUCUACGGAAAGUAGCUAAGAUUUGUCGCUUGGUGCUUUUUAGAAAAAAAAGUCGCUAAAUCUAGUGACAAAGUCGCUAAGUUGGCAACACUGGGGAGUUUACAACGAUACAAUCGCUGUUUUAUAAGAGAAGACACAGACAAUUUUGCGACAGACCCAUAAUGAAUGCCAGAGGAAAAAAUGGACAGGUGUUUAUGAGGACAUACAGUAAACGAAUGCGAAAGGUUGAGCCUUGGUUCUCACCUGACCUGAAGAAGGCAGCUUUCUCUUUUUCUAGCACUCCAUCUGAUCAGUCCAUACCAGAGGCCACACAACCCAAGAAACGGAGAAUGAGAGAAACAGCGUCACGGAAAGCUAAGAGCAAAAGAAUGACUGACAUAAAAGAGAAGGAGAGUGAUGAGGAAAACUAUGCACCGUCCUUGCCAUACAGAAAGAAGACAAAUGCUAAACCAUCAGUGAGGACUACAGCUGUGAGAGAGACUCGAACAACAAAACAGUUGAAAAGAAAUAUACAGUCAGUUCUCAGCAGCAGUGAGAAUGAGGAUGAUUCCUUAAUGAAGAAAAUCUUUACAAGAACAUCUGAAGAAGAAUGUGCUGAUGCUGAGAAAGUGUCAGACCCUACCGUUUUGGGCAGGUAUGUCACACAUCACAAAAGACCACUGCCAUCUAUCCAAGCUCAGAAACACACCAACAAGCAGAUUUCUGUUGCUCUUCACCGCACAAUAAAUUCCUCAGAUGAUUUCCUCCCUUUAUUUUCGUGUAAAAAAGGACUUGCAAGCAGGAAGCCAUUCUCUGUGGAAAACCGUAGCUCAAACAAGCCCACCACUAACAAGAACCGCAAACACUCCAAGAAACGUGAGGCUCUGGGUGAGGUGUCUUUUAAUGAUAGCGAUGAGCAGCACCUUCCAGGUAAAUGUCCCCUAUUGUCCAGCACCCCUUCCCUGGUCUGCGGACAGCUCCUGCACUUGCCAGAGCCCUCCAUUAGUGAGAUCUCUUCCCUCAGCUUUGAUGAACUUUACCAGUCUACAAAAACCAACAAAAGCACUCACUGUUUAAAGAAUGCCCGUGCGUGUGAUCGCACUGUGCAGAAGGAGGGAAUCCAACAGCUCCUAAACUACACAGGAGAGAGAGUGAUGCAGAAGAGGGAGGGAGGAGAGGAAUCAGUUGUGGAGGAGACAGCUGGGGAUGGAGAGAGGGACCAAAGAAAAGAGGGAUGUGCAGGGGAAACAUCUUCACAGGCAAGCACAGGCUUUGCAUAUGUGUCACCUCUGUCAAACCUGGAAUCUUUAGCAGAGGAGCUAAAGGAGAGGUGUCGCACAGUGGAUGUAGCCAUAAUGCUCAACAGAAUAAACAUCUCAGACCAUCUGUCAGUGCAGAGAUGUAGCAUGAAACGUGUGGAGAAGAUUUCCUCAUACUGUUCGGUGUUCUCCAUGGCAGCAACCAGUCAGUGCAACCAAACCCACGCUGCUGUAUCAUCCAGCCACACUUCACUGUCCAAACCAUCUCUCACACCUCUCUAUAUCUCUUCAUCCUCCUCAAAAUCUCUUUCUACUUCCCGUUCACCUGAGACAGUUUGCCCAAGCCAGCCUCUUAUUGACCGUCUUAAGGCUGAAUGUCUGUUAUCUUGCCUCAUCGUCGGCAUUCCACGUCUUGACUUGGAUGUGCAUCCUGAUGUCCACCAGGGGGCAGCAAAAGCACCCUGCUUUGACUCCCCGUACAUCUGCCAAAGAGACAGUGCAACCUCUCCACCUGUAAAAGAGACAGAGAGUUGCAAUGCUAGUUUAAAGAGUCAUAGGACUCCUCGUAAUAUAGAAACAGUUGUUCGACGUCUGUCAGCAUCAUUCCAACCACCUCCAGGCUCUCCACCUGCCUCUGCAGCUCCUAGCAAAGCACGACCCCCUGCUGUGCCUAAAGAACGCACAGGGGCUGGUACUGGCACUGGUCGUAAAGUUUGUGUGAGUGGACAGAAUGUCAGCCGAUGGUCAAAGAGAAGUACUAGAGAACACAAUGAAAAGUGGAAAACAAAGGAAGGACGAACAAAGGGUGUGUCAGGAGACUACAGUUCCUGGAGCAGCAUAUUGUCUGCUGGAGCAGACACUAAUGCAGUAGAAUCAGUGUGUGGCUGGCUGCAGGGCACCAGUGGGAUUAGUCUGGCUUUGACCCCACUUAGAAAGGAGCAGAUGAGUCUCUCCUCCAUCUUGACCAACUUCACUCCUGACACACUCACCACACACUCCUGGGGGCGAUUCAAGGCAGCACUGUCCGUGCAUAAGAAGAAAACUGCCUUUCCCACUCCUCGACGCUUGGUUCUGUCUCAUCUCAAGACCCCAAGCUCUAGGUUUCCUGUUGACACCAGUCUAGACCUGUUUGCCUCCCCUGUCUGCACAACUUUAUCCAGGCUCACGCCUUCACGCCUGCUCCGGUCCACCAUAAACACCCCCAGGACUCCAUAUGACGAGGACAUCAGCGAUGCAGAGAAAGUGUAUCAGGAAUGUCAGCAGAUUGGCCCACUUUUGUUCAGCGACUGUAUCCCUCCAUCUCGCAUGAAGCUCUGCAACAAAAUCGGCGAGGGAACGUUUGGAGAGGUCUUCUCAACCAUAAACGACUCCAACCAGACCGUUGCUCUCAAAAUCAUUCCAGUGGAGGGCAAUCAGAAGGUCAAUGGUGAACAACAGAAAACAUUUGGCGAAAUUCUUCAUGAAAUUAUCAUUUCCAAAGAGCUGAGCUGCCUGAAUUCAAAGGAAAUCAACAAGACAGAUGGUUUCAUUGGACUCAACAAUCUUCAUUGUGUGCGUGGACGGUACCCUAAAGCUCUGCUUAAAGCCUGGGACAAGUUUGACCGCCAGAAGGGAUCUGAGAAUGACAGGCCUGAUUUCUUUGAUGAGGAGCAGCUGUUUUUAAUCCUGGAGUUUGAGUUUGGAGGGAGUGAUCUGGAGAACAUGAAUGGAAAGCUGUCUUCCAUGGCUCAGGCCAAGAGUGUUUUACAUCAAGUCACUGCAGCUCUGGCCGUAGCUGAGCAGGCAUUGUGCUUUGAACACAGAGACCUUCAUUGGGGGAACAUUCUGGUGAAUAACACUAAGCAGAAGCAGAAUGAGUUCAUCCUGAACGGAGCAGUGCAUUCCUUAGAGACACGAGGAGUUCAUGUCAACAUAAUCGACUACUCGCUCUCACGCCUAGAAAUUGAUGGACUGACGGUGUCGUGCGACAUCUCUGCUGAUGACGAGUUGUUUAUGGGCCAGGGAGAUUAUCAGUUUGAAAUCUACCGUUUAAUGAAGAAAGAAAACAAUAACUGCUGGUCGACAUAUAAUCCUCAUUCCAACGUGUUGUGGCUACACUAUCUGGCUGAAAAACUGUUGAGCAUGAACUAUAGGAACAAAGCCCAGUCCAGCCAGCAUCAGGUGCUAAAGAGCACCCUCAAAUCCUUCCACUCGGAGAUACUGAAUUAUGCGUCAGCUACAGAAGCUCUUAUGCACAGCAGAUUCUUUCAAUAAAACGUGUAUGUGAGCGUUUUAAUUAACUCCAUAGGUAGACUAGCAUUUUUAGGAUUCCAAGUCUAGGAAAAGAAAAUGUUCUAUCAUGCUUCUUAAAAAAACAAAAAUAAUUUAUUGAUAUACAUGAAUUAUCUAGAGACAGUUACACAGUUUUGGCAUAGUAUGGCAAAGCCAACUAUUCUUGCAUUCAACACCACAUUUCCACCUCUCCAAAAUUGGCAGUCCACUAGAUAAAUGAGAAAUUGGAGCAGAAUCGUUCAGUUUCUUAUACCUUGUAUGAUCUUGUGCUGGAGGCAUAAUGUGCAGGGAGAGACCACACUUAAGUACCAGUGGAGGAAACCUCUACACAGGGAACAUUCUCUUCCACCACAUACUCUAUAACCUCAGUGUCCUGUUGUCCAUCAUGGUUCUGAUGAGUUCUGUAUGGUCAAUGCAUAAUUUCUUUUUGUAACACUUUAAGACAUUGGGUCUGUGUGUUGCUGCUCGUUGAACAGAAUAAACGUGAGAUGCAUCUUGUAGAAAA